CUCAGACGCAAGGACAACUACAAUUCCAAGGGAUAUAUUGCUGAAGAUAUUGGAUGAAAAAGAAAAAGUACCAACAAUUAGUAUGCUGGAUUUAGCUGGUCAAUUCGCGUAUUAUGCAUGCCAUCAGAUUUACAUCACAGAAAGAGUGUUCUUUAUUCUUGUUUUAAAUGUGACUCAGAAGUUUGAAGAUUAUGUAAGUACAGAAGAAAAUAACCAGCAGGGAUCAAUUUUCUCUACAUGGACUUAUAAAGACUACGUGAAGUUCUGGAUAUCAUCAAUCAAGACAUUUGGCAGUACAAAAGCCCCUGUCUUGAUCAUAGCUACUCACACAGAAGAAAAAUCUGAAGAUGAAAUGGAUGAAUAUUUUAAGGAGUUCUGGAAAGCAGUUCCAGUGGAAGACAGGGAUUGGUUGAGAUGGUCUCUAGUCGACUCUGAGUAUGAAAUUGACCUUCUCAAUCUAACUGAUGCGGGCAGGGAAACUUUGGAAUCUAUCAAAACAUCCAUAAUUAAAGCAGCCACACAAAAACUCAGUAAUACAAUGAAAGUACCCUCGAAAUGGGCACUGCUAGAACAGCUGAUCAAAGAGAAAAAAGAAGAAGUUAUGUCUUUUGAAGAAAUAUGGGAUAUAAACACAAAAUGCCUUCCCUUUGAGUUUCAACUUGAAAACAAAACAACAUUAUCUGAAUUUUUAAAGUUCUUCCACAGCAACGGGUUGUUAUUAUGGUUUGAAGAUGGGAAUAAUUUUGAAGAUCAUUCAAUACAAAAUGUUAUUCUUAAUAUUCAGUGGUUUGCUAUUGCAGUUAACAAACUUAUAGCCGAUAAAAACCAUAUUCACAAAGACUGUAAGAAAAGAUAUUAUACAGAAUGGGACUUGUUCAACAAGACAGGGAAAUUGGAUGCUAAACUAUUGACUGCUCUGUGGCAAGAUGUACCUUCAUAUUUGAAUCACAAAACUGAAAUUAUGACAAAAAUGGAGAAACAACUCCAUAUGCUAGUUUCUCUACAUUCCAAAAAAGAUACCACAGAAAAGGACAAGGCAUGGUUUGUUCCAUGUAUGAACAAAAGAAUAUUUAACCAAGACUUUUCAGACGAAAAAUGGGAAUACUCAUCAAUACUGUGUUUUCGAUUUCUCUCAUUUGCUAUGUUUGUUUACUACAGACUAGUUGCUUAUUGUAUGAGUUACCUCAAAUGGAAUGUCACCAGGGAAAAAGAGAGUUUCGGUCUAUAUCAAACAGCAUCAAUUUUUGAUUACAAAAAUCACACUGUUGUCAUUGGUAUUUGUGAAAAUGACAUUCAGGUGCAACUGAAACGUAUUAAAACUUCAAUUAUAGAGACAAACAUUUCUAUUGAGAUAGGAGAGACUGUGCAAAUUGCUUGUAAAAAUCUUACAGAUACCUUUGAUGAGAAAAUUUAUUUUCACAAGGGACACAAAUGCCAGCGCAUUAUUUGUAAUAAUGAGGAUCGAUCAUUUAUACCUUUCAGUGAAAUAGCCAAUAUCAGAAAGGGAAUAAUCCAAUGCAAAUUCUGUUCUGUGAUGCAUUCAAUAAAUGUUGAAGAAACCCUGCGUUUCUGGGAAAAGGAUGUGCAGGCCAGCACAGAAGGAAAUAGAGAGGGUUGUUUUAGGGACUAUAGGCAUUUAGAGGGAAAGAAAAUACGAAGAACGGAACCUGAAUAUCCAUUUUCCAAAGGAGUGUGUCCAACAGAUGUGAUGACAAGCUUUAUCAAAGUAGAGGUCAGCAAGAGUGUGGGGCUCAUACUCGUUGAUGGAAUUUCUGAGGGAAAAGGAUUUCGUGUUUGGGAAAAAUACAUCAUGACAUGCUUACAUGUUAUAGAAGAGAUUGUCAAAGAUCAAAAUUCCAUCGAGAGUGACCGAAUUUGCGUUCAGUUUGGCAAGACAAAAGUGACCCAGACAGACGAUCCAAGGAAGAAAUUUAGAUUUGAAUCAACUCUUCACUUCAUGGAUAAAGAUUUUGAUGUAGCUAUUUUGGAAUUGAAGGUUCACCAGGAAAGCGGUGUCACGUUUGCGCCACCUUUGACUUCAUUUGGUAAAAUGCAAUAUCCAUCAGAGAUUCACCUCAUUGGCCACACUGGUUGCGUGCAAAUGAAAGAAGACAGCCAAGUUUACCCAAACAUAAUUAAACCAAACAACAACGUUGACAUUUACGUUAAAUGGUUAAGUGGCUGGAGUAGAGAGAAUCUCCCAAAUGGAAUUGAUUAUUACGCAGCACUGCGUGAUCCGCCUCAAAAGAUACUAUUCAGCACGACAUUUGCCCCUGGGUCUUCAGGUUCACCUGGCUUUAUGAUAAGACAACAGAAAGCUUAUGUCGUACUUAUUGUCAGAGCCGGUGUUCCUAGUUGCUUUUACCAGGAUGGUGUUCAUGUGCCUUCAAAUAAAAGGGUAUAGUAUGGAUAUGCCUUAGAGACCAUAAAUACCAAAAUGCGAAAUUCCUCAUCGCAGAACGUUAAAGCAUUAGCAUCUGAAAUAUUUGGAAAUUGUUUUGAAACAUCUAAGUGAUAUAUGGUCAAGAAUGAGGUUUUGUAUAUUCUUCCUUAACCUUUCAUUACAAAGUCUGGGUGUAUAAACGCUCUUG